AAAUUUCUAGGGCGAAGGCUGAUCUACGGGCCGCCUCGCUCUGCCCUCCACAACAAUAGAGAUGAAAACGUCAAGAGGUGCCGCACUCAGGUAUCGAUUCCGGUUUCCAUUCGGUCGCCGUCAUAUGCGGGGAAAGAAUACUGAGACGAAAAGCGUCUAAAGUGGGAGCUGAAGGCUAUAGAUAACUUCCGGCACAGAAACGAAAGCCCGCAUUCUCUCAGGACUUCGUGCGGCGCCGCUCUAGGAAUCUGGAAACUCUCUGAUGAAAGCCUUUGCCUCAGAAAACAAGUCCGAGUUUAAAACCGGAAGUGUAUUUAGAAACCCGCCAGUCUCCGAUUUCCUUCCCCCCUUAAACAUAAUUGCGCUUCGACCAUUUUUCAAGUCGCUGUCUCGGUCCCUCCGUUGGUGCCCUUAGUGCCCGGAAGUGUCGUCAUACAUGUCUACGGAGCGGUACCUCUGAGGAGAAUGGCCGCCCUGUCAUGCGAACCGGAAGCCGGAAGCCGGUGCCCCCGGAAGCUGUAUCUGGUCGGCGAGCGAGCGAGCGAGGAGGAAGGAAGGGCCGGCUAGUGGGCGGAACCGGAGUGCGGCUGAUCCUGAGGAAGCAGCAGCAGUAGCAGGAGGAGGCGCAGGGAGGGGCUCUCUGGCUGUCGCUUCCUUGUUAGCUGAGAAGCCGGAGGAGGCGCCGCUGCCGCCGUCAUUAUGGGGGGCUCCCGCGACGACGAGUACGACUAUCUCUUCAAAGGUGGGCCUGCAUCCCUUGUCCCCCGCCGCGCCUCGCCCCCCCGCUCCCUGGGGGCGUCAGACCACCCCACCCCAUCCCCCCGGUUUCCGAUCAGGAUUCCUUGGAUGGUUUCCGGCCCUACUCGAGAGGAGGCCGAUAGAAAAUAAAGGAGCACCACUGACUAAGGUCCAUUAAUUCCCAGGGGCCUCCUCUAUGAGUGAAAUGCAGUUGGUUGAAGCCGACCCCCUUGCCUUUCCCUCGCCCCAGCCCUUUGGGUGGUAUCCAGUGCUAGACCUCCUCAAGGGUAGACCCAUUAAUGAACGCGCUUAGCAUAGGCCCAUUAAUUGUAGUGGGCUUACUCCGAGUCGAAUGUGGUUGGAUACAGUCCACAGCCUUGGCUCCCCUUCCCCCAGUCCUUCUCAGUAAAGUAUCUCAGGCCUUGUUGGCACAUCAGAAAGCCUACCCACCCUUUGCUAGGCGCUGGGCAGGGUUUUUCUUUUUAAAUCCUUUAAUGAUUAUCAUACUUAAUGCUUGUUUCACCAGACUAGUGGACUGGCUUUGUAUUGGGACUUUGCGGUGGAGUGUUGUGAAAUGUCUGUUGUGUUUUGUUGGCUGAAUUGUGUUUGGGCUUUGAAAUCUGGGAUGUUUGUAAAGUGGGGUGAAGACAGUCUUGACACUUUGGUUAAAAGCUACCAGAUUCUUUUUGCUACACACAGGGUAACUGUUAGGAUUUCUUCAGUUUGCAUUAUUAUAUCCCACUUUUACCCCAAGGAGGUCAGGGCAGCACAUGUGAUCCUGUUCUCUUUUUUAUAUGCCCAAGUUUAAAGUGUCAGACAUGGCUUAAAAGGACCAGGCUGAAAUCUCCACUUGGCCAUGAAGCUUGCUGGGUGACCUUGACCCAGUUAUGAUUUCUCAGUCUAACCUACCACAGAAGGCUGUUGUGAGAAUAAAAGGAGAGGAUGUGAAGGACCAUGUGUGCUACUUUUACCUCCUUGGGUGAGGAAGUGGGAUAUAAAAUAAGAAUGUAGAUUUAAGAAAUCCUAACUGUCACGGUGUAAUUAAUCUGUGUGAUCCAGAAUUUGCACUCUUGCUUAAGAUUAUCCCAAGUGACUUUCAACACCAGCAGUUGCUUAAUGAGACUGACAUGCUGUGUUGCCCAGUGAGGGCAGCAACAACAUAGAGGGGUGGGUGGGGAAGAUUGGACAUCUUGCAGGACACAGUGUAUUAUUGACUAAAACAGCCUUCCUCAACCUUGUGUUCUUCAGAGGUUUGGGCUACAAAACAUCAGGCUUAGUCAGCACAGUGCGGUUACUGGGCUGGGCUACAAAGAGAACCCUGAACCAGGUUUCCUCCAUCCCUUCUUUCAUUCGGAGUGCAACUAAAGAGAAAGUUUGGAAAAUGGUAUCUUCCCAGAAGUGAAAUGAAAAUAGAUGUCCGUAUGUGUGCUAAAUCACUGGGUUGUUCAACAUCCAGUAAAAAACAUAGGCAGGUAUGUGUUAAACAUAAGAAGGACCCUGGUUAGAUCAAACCAUAAGAAUCCCUCUAGUCCCCAUCCUCCAGUUUGCUCUAGCUGCUGGGCAGAGGUCUCUGGAAAGCCCCAAGGAAUGCUUCAGGUCAUACUCAGGGACGUAUAAUGCUUUGGGACAUGGAGGCUCUAUUUAGUUGUGACAACAAGAGGCUAAAAGGGGGGGAUAUCUGCCUCAACACAAAAUGAUCACAGCAGCUGAUUGGAGCAGAAAUAUAGGGAAGAACACCAGUCUAAACAGGAGAUCCAGUCCCAUUACCUCUCUUCUGUAAUUGAGCAGCAGAACACCUGCUUGGCAUGCAGAACCACCCAGGUUCAACCCCUAGCAUCUCCAGGUAGGGCUGGGCAAGACUCCCUGCCUGAAACACUGGAGAGCCACUGCCAGUCAUUGUAGACAGUACAGAGUUGGUGGACCAGUGAUGGGUUCCGACUUAUCCGAUAAAGACCAGUGCCAUAAUAGGCUCUUCUUAUUGUGUGUGCCUCUGUUGACUUCUUUCCUCCCCCUCUCUUUGCAUACCCCAGAACACAUCCACCCACCAUAAAAUAGCGCAGUGCAGUUGGAAAACCUUAAAAAGAAGUGGGAAAGGCAUAACUUGGGGCUACUGUAUCAGAUUCCCCCAGGAAGUGAAAAGGUGACACAAAGCAAAAAGGGGACUGGUGGCAAUAUCUGUUGGCUACUGUAGAAUCUGGCCCUUUUAUUGUUGCGAAGCCAAGUAACUUUGAACAAAUUGUUUUCUCUGCAUUCCUUUUUUAUUAUAUUCCCCGCCCGAACCACCCCCCUAUUGUUUUGUAAUUAUAGUCCUAUUCCCUAUUCCUUUCUUGAGACUUUUCUCAUAGAAACCAAUGGCCAGGUCCUUCUGGUGCCUCCCCUGGAGUUCACCUUUGCAUGUCUGAUCUCCCAAGUUCUGUUAGGAAUCUGUCAUCCUUCUUGCUGUGUGUGUUCAGCAUUUCUGCCCUACUUGGCUGCUGCAGUUGCUUAGGAAAGAGCUAUUCAGGAGUGAGGCUGGACUUUUGAUCAGCACUUAGCUCUUUGGUGGGGGUGGCUUCCAGUCACUGUGGUGAUGAAUAAUGCUAGUUAGUAACUUUGUGGGCUUUUUACUUAAUACAGUACAGGGAGAGCCGCUUCCCUUUCAGAAAGAAUGUCUACUGUCUCAAGACAAACUUUCCCUUUGAUAACUUGGUUUACUCUAUGUGUUUCGCUGCUUUUGUGUGAAAUCUUUGUAAAAGUAUCACCCUGACCCACUGCUUGGUCUUGGUGUGGUUUUCCUCUGGAAUUUUGCUUUCCCUCCCUCCCCCUUUUUACUUUGAGAUAAAGGAAGUGACUGAGGAAGGCAUGGCAACCAGUGAGCAAGUGAUUUAAUGUUGAAACCUCAACUUCCAGCUUGCGGGGGCAGGGGUGGCAAACGGAGAGGGUUAACUGGUGAAUGUUGCAAGCGUGGGAUUUUUAAAAAAUGUAUUCUAGAUUGAGCUUGUUUGUUUUUUAAUGCAGUGCAUUUUCCUGUAGGGAUAAACCAGGCAAAAUAACAGCCAACUGUUUCAAUGUGGAAUGUUUAUCUGUCUUUCUGGGGCGGUGGUGCUGGUGGUGUGGGUUGUCUGGUUCUUAUCACACAAAAGAAUGUAAGCCCUGGCAUGCUUUAGCUAGGCUGAGCUUGCAGGGUGAUGGUGGUUAAUUGCCUAGAAUCUGCUGGAUGUGAAGAGUUAAGGGACUUAUUAACAGGUUUUUCAACAGAGAUUAAUUAGCAGCAACAGCAAGAUCUAGCCUUGUUGCUGUGUGAAACUCCUGAUCAGGGCAUAAACAAGACGGGCUGUUCCUUGCUGCUUGCAACUGUACCCUCCUUGAGUGGCUCCUUCUAGGCAACAGGGAACUUGCAUCCUUCCACUGACCUCACUUCCGGUCUUGCUGUUACUACAUAACAGUUACCAGCCUAUUAGCAUUACUCCUCCUCCUGGAUGUGCAGGCAUUCUUCCCAGCAGAGUUUUCCCCCCUGAUAGUGAGCAGGAUGUGUUGGGAAAUAACAUGCUUGGCUGCACAGAUAACAGGGCAGGGAGGGGAUGUUGCAGAGGUUAUAAAUCUGGGUUUUAGAGACAAAGGCUGCAUGAUAGGGAACACACUUUGAACUGUUUCCUUGUUUUUUGGGCCAGCUUUCCGUACUGUCCGGCCUGUAAAUGCUUAGGUGUGCCAGGUUUUCAUUGUGAACAGCAGUUUCUCCUGAGACAGCAGCUAAGCAUGUCACAUGCUUGACCAUGUGUACCUUCUCCUGACAUCUUCAGACAGCAGGAAAGGCCAGUGAAGCAGCUAAUGUGGCAGCCCAGUUUCCUGCCCUCCUUGCUCACUUCUCUACAGACUAGUCCCAACAAUAACCCUCUGUAGUCCAGGACCUGUGGCAUGUAUUGCAAGUAUCUGCAUUUUUUAGGUUUAAACACUUGCGUGGUAAUUGCAUAGAAGCAUUCAAUACUGUAUUUUCUAGUGCAUUUCACAUGCAUUAUGUUGAUAUGCAACACCUGCAACAAUCUGGUUAAUUUCAUCCUAACAGCUUCUAUAGCCCUCUUCCACAUCUGAGUUUCACUCCUAUCCUUAUGAUGUUAGCAGGGCACAGCCUGUGUUGCAAACAUAGUUUAACUUUCUUCCAAGGAAUUCUGGGAAUUGUAGUUCUGUAAGACGGGUGAUGAGAAAUCUCUUCUGUAGCACCCAGUAAAUUGCUCUCACAGUGUAGUGUAGUGGUUAGAGUGCUGGACUGGAGCCCAGGAGAACAGAAUUCAAAUCCUCACUCAGCCAUCAAGCUUACAGGGUGACCCUGGACCAGUCAUGGUGCCUUUCAGCCUAACCUGCCACAUAGGGUUGUUGUCAGGAUAAAACUGUGGAGGAGGAGAACCAUGUACAAUAUUCCACCUUGAACUCCUUUGAGGAAAGGUGGAACAGUAAUGUAAGCAAAUAAAUAAACAAAUGGCACUCCCCCCCCCCCCCCCGUUAUACUGUUCUACCAAUUUGGUUCUGAACCACGGUUCUGGGUUUGAUCUUUAAAGCCCUAAUUGGCCUAGGACUUGGUUAGCUGCUGGAUGGCCUUUGUUCUGUGGCACCUUAAAGACUAACAUUUGCUGUCGUGUAAGCUUUUAUGGACUAGAGCUCACUUCUUUGAUACAUGGAAGUGCUAUCCUGAGGUAGGUGUGUGUGUGUGUGUAUCCACACCUCUGUGACUCAGGCAUGUGUAUACACACACACACAGAGAGAGAGAGAGAGAGAGAGAGAGAGAGAUGGUUGGAGGGAGGGGAUUGUAAAUAGUGAGGUCAGAGGGGAAAAAUGAAAGAAAGUAUGGAUCUCAGUAUGAUCUCAGUAUCUCUCUGUGUGUGACUUGUGGUCAUUAAAGUCCAAGAGUUCUCUUCUGUGUUCCGGAGAGGAUGCUCUUUCGCUCUCUAAUGGGGCCUUAGGAAAGGCCUUAGUACAGACCCCAUUCUGGCAAUAGGCACAUGAACAAACCGUUUGAGAAUAGCUUUGCUGUUGGAGGGUCUCAUUUCCCCAUCUUGUUUUAAUCCCUUUCAGCAAGAACAGAAGCCAAGCCCCAAGAGUUGAUAAGUUGCAAUAACUACAGAUGCGGGUCUACACUGGCAGCUGAGCCUGGCAAUCUUCCCCACCAUUCAUCAGUUCAUUUAUGGCAGGUGCAAAUAACCUUUGACCCUCCAGAUGUUGCUGAACUGUAGCUUCCUCCAUGACCAUUGGCUAUGAUCUCUAGGGCUUAUAGAAGCUUUAGUUCAGCACAUCUGGAGGGACAAAGGUUCCCCAUUGAGCAUUUUAAAAUCUGAUUGGCUACAGCUCCUCCGUUAUGUCCCUGCUUUCAUACUGAUUCAGGGUUGCUCCAGUUUCCUCCUUUUCCCUUGUGGGUCUUUGUACAGCCCUGGCCUAUUCAGAAUGGCUGACAUCAGCCAUCCUGAUGUUUUGUGUUAGAACUCCCAGCAGCUCCAGCCAGCAUGGCUUUGCCGAUCGGAGAGUUGUGUCCUGCAGAUGUUUUGGAGUUGGAGAAAGUUUGCGUAGAAGAGGCGAGGUGCUGCACACAUUGGGGCUGAUGUAGCUGCUUGUAUUUGCAGAGCUUUGAGCCACCUGACUGCGCUGAGGUGAGGUAAUUCAGUUUGUCUCUUCCCUGCUUGUCCUUGGGUGUUGCUGAGGCCAGCUGAUUACCAGUGUACCCUGGACUCUUUGCUUUCCCCAGCUUUAUUGUUAACAAAUAAAAACCACAAGGACUGGGCAAUCUGGUUAGUCUGGCUUUCAGGCCUUCCGCGAGUCCUGUGAGUUGUGCACCUAGAAAUGCUGUAAACCUUCUCAUAUGCUUUUUACACUCUCCUUUGGGGAAGCUGGUUUCCUUUCCUUUUAUGAACAGGAGCUUUCACAUGUGGCUUGUCUUAUCAGUGUCCUUGGAUAAGUUCUAUCCAUACCAUUGGUUUAGGUUUUUUAUUUUUACUUGUUGGCAUCUUUGCAUUCCAAAGCCUUCUGUAGAGUCCUCCCUCUCUUUACCAGUGAGAUGAUGCCCAACCAAAUCUCUACCUGCCCUUGCUGUCCCUUGGCUGCUGCAAGGGGCCUCAUUUCGCAUCCCUGGAAGCAAACAGCACCCUGGAAAUUCCUGUCACCUGCUCGAGGAAGUUAAAUCAUGCAUUAAACUUAACAGUGAAACUCAAGUUGGAAGCAAGGGCCAUGAGACCAAAGAAAAGACAUAAAAUGUUUUCUUAAAAUACUCAGACAGCUCUUCUCUAACAAUUUUUUUUAAAAAAUGAAUUUCAUAAUAUUAACAAACACAGAAAAGGAGAAAAAUGUGUCUCAGACAGCUCUUCUGAAUUUGCACCCACUUAACAUUACCCAGCUUGGCUAUGUUAUGGCAUAGGUUUGGGUUAAGAGCCACCCAACUUUCACUAACAUCCUCCCUCCCUCAGCGUCUACUUUGUCGGAGCAAUAAAGGGUUGAAAACUGCCUUCACAAGGUGAAUGCCACCCACCAGCUUGUUAAGGGUGGUAUAGUGGUUAGGGUGCUUCGUGCUUGACUAGGAGCAGGGAGAUUGCGGUUCAAAUCUCCACUCAGCCAUGAAAUGCACUUGUUGACCUUGGCAGGGCAGGGGACACAUAAACAUUGAACUAGUAUCUAUGUAUGGUGGGUUGGUCAGUAUUUUAACCCCCAUCUCCAUGCACAAACUUUCACGGUCCCAGGCACAGGAAGCAGAAAUGGGAGGUUUGCAGGUCCCGCUUGAGUAGACAAGUAUAGUUGGCGAGUUGCUGAGAUGUGGCUUCAGUGGCCAUGAGAAAAACUUUAGGGAUUUUUCUGUGCAAAAAAAGGAAGCAUCUAAAUGCCAGGUUCUCUUUUGGACUUCACAGUUUCUCUUUUGCCUGACUUUGGUUGGAUAACAACACCUUGUGAUAGGAUUUAAUUUCCGGUGUGUGUGUCAGAGAGUGCUGGCUCUGAUGGGCUUACUCUGAAUUAACAGAGAAACUCCUGAAGCUGAAUCUUCCCAAAAUGGUGCCUUCCAGAUAUUUUAGACUACAACUUCUAUCAGCCCCAGCCAGUUGUAGUUCAAACAAAAUAUCAGGAGGGCACCAGGUUGGGGAAGGUUUGAUGCCUUUUAGUCUGGCAUCAAACUCCUGAUGGGCAUGAAUAGUUAACAAGCCUCUUCCUGUUGUUUUUUUUGUAGUUUGGCUCCUGCUUUGCUGAAUCAGCUGAAAGGGGAGAGCCGACAAAAAGGGCUGGUUGUUUUUGUCCGCACAGUGAGAUUUGUGCAGUAAUUAAUUAAGAUGAAAUCCCAGUUGUGAUUGUUUUAUCGUAAUUUCAGAGUGGAGGAAAGGAUUGAGAAGCAAAUAUGCCAGUCUUGGAAGGAUGAAGCCAUUGAUUGCUGCAGGAUAAAUACCCGGGUCAUGUUAGUUUUCUGGAUCAAGCUGACCACCCCCCCCCCCUUCUUAAGUGAUGCAGAUGGAGAGUCUUUGGUUUGACCUAUAAAAGAAUGAGACUCUGCUUUGGAUCCUUUUCUGGCAUGCAUAGACCAAAAUGAGCAUUCAGAUGGUAACCAUGUAAAACAUAGGUGUAUAUUUUCAGAUAAAAUGGGAUGCGAGAGGGAGCCAGAAAAAAUUGAAGAUUUACAUCCUAGCUUGCAAUUGUAUGGUUCUCAAGGUCGCUGUUUAACAGCUUGUGGUAAUAUAAAAGCUGGCUGGCAUGUACACACAAACACACACACACAGUCCAGAGUCCCCUUUUUCUUUGGCCAGAAAAAGGCAAAGGCCAGAGUGUAGGAAGAUGGAAAGCUGCCUUUUUCCAAGUCCAUCUAGCUCAGUAUUGUCCACACUGACUGUCAGUAGCUUUCCAGAAUUUCAGGCAAGGCAUCUCUCCCAGCCCUACCUGGAGAUGCUGCUGGGGAUCGAACCUGUGACCUUCUGCAAGCAGAGCAGGUGUCACUGAACUAUGGCCCUUCUCUUCAGCUCUGCAGUCCCAGCUGCAGAGCACCUGGAGCAGAGUAGCCUUUCUGGCAGGGAGAAAAGAAGCGAGCUCUCUGCAGUUGCCGCCUGGGUGGAGCCAGAUCUAACAGUUAAUUUUAUUGAGUAACAAGAACUUUGGUAUUACAAUGUUAACAGCAGCUAAAACAGCAGCUGAAAGAAAGCUAACAUUCUAGCUUUAUGCAGUUGGGGAUAUUGUGACUGUCAAUAAGAACUACAUAUAUAGAAACCUGAGAAGGCAGCAUGGUGGAGGAGCAAAACCAAUAGAGGUGAAAGGGGUCUUCAAAGGCCAUCCAGUCUAACCUUCAGCUGAUGCAGGAGAUGUAGAGAUGAGCAAUGUUUGAUUAAUUAGGAACGAUACAUUUCAGGAUCACAUUUAGCCUCUGCUUUCUUUGUCCAUUUAGUUCAAGCGUCAGUAUUUUGAUUGUGUGUGCGCGUAUGUGUGUAUGAGUAUGUGGAGCUUAAAAAUGUAAUUUUCCUCUGGUAACAACCCCCCCCCCUCGCCUGGUUCCCUUAAAUGUUUACCUGGGCAGUUUCUCUACACACAGGGCCAGGUGAAUCAGCAAAUGAGGUUCAGAGUGUCAGAGCAGAGAGUGUGUUGGGUUCCUCUCUGAAUCUCCUCCCUUUCUUCCUUUCCCAGUUGUUCUCAUUGGAGACUCCGGAGUCGGCAAGAGCAAUCUCCUUUCCCGCUUCACCCGCAACGAGUUCAACCUGGAAAGCAAAAGCACCAUUGGCGUGGAGUUUGCCACACGGAGCAUCCAAGUGGACGGCAAGACAAUAAAGGCUCAGAUCUGGGACACGGCAGGGCAGGAGCGAUACAGGGCGAUCACGUCGGCGUAAGUGGACCAGCGCCAGAGACUUCCCGGGGAUUGUGGGGGAGUUUAUGGGAACAGGACGCAGGAGCACUGCAAGUGUGUGUGUUUCUUCUAUGUGAUGGUCCUUGCAGACAUCGUGUUUGCAUAAAAAAAGACUGCUUUUCAGAUUGAACAGCAUUCAAUAAUCCCAUCGCAUUCUUUAAGUUGCUAGUCUUCAAUGUUCAUAGAAUUGUAGCGUUGGAAGGACUCAAAUGGCCAGCUAGUCCAAUUCCCUGCGAUAUAGGAAUCAUGUGACCCACCAGCUGAAAAUCAAUAGCCUUCUAGCCUGGCAGGCCAGAUUGAUAUCUGCCUCCACCUGGCAGGCAGAGCCAUCAUCCACCUGUCAAAUCACCUGACUUUACGAUGACAUCAGGUGGCCUUUUCUGUCUGCUGUUUUGCGCAGCACUUUGAGCAGUGCUUAUGAGGAUCAGCCCCUCUGAAAGGGCUGCCCAAAACCGCCCUAUGAGAGGGUCCUUUUAGCCAAGUUCCUCCCUCAUCUGCCCUGUACAUGGCUUCAUGUAUGAUGGAGGCAGGUGAGCAUGGCUUGGCCAAAAUGGGGAGAGACUUGGCAGGCCUGAUUAGUCCCGAGUAGGCCCAUGGGCUGGAGGUUCUCCAUCCCUGCUGUAGGAUAACUGAGUCCAAAAUUGAGUCCAAACUGAGGAUAACUGAGUCCAAAACUGGCUCCAAAUUCAGGCCAGCUAGGCAUGUGUUUUUUCCAGCAGCUGCUGUUGGAAGAGAUUUAACCCUUUUUUUAUUUUAGGUCAACUGUAGUGAUGAUGCAUAUAAUCACAUUUACUUCUCUCUCUUUAAAUGACUGUAACAGGGCGACUUAUAAAACCAAGUCACGACAGGAUGAAAAACUGGAAAAGCCAAAUUAUGCAUUGGGCAAGAGGCUGUGCCAGCCCCUCCCGCCCUCGUGUCCUCCAGAUGUUUUGGGCACCAACUCCCGUCCUAGUCAAUUUCACCAUAGUCAGUUUAUUUAUCUGCUGCAUUUUCCACAGAUAUGCUUGUUUUCAGAGCAGUUCACAUAAGAAGCAGUGUAAAUUCAGCACAAGCAACUUCCCACGUGGGCGAAGGCAGUGCGUACUCUGCCCCUGACUUGGCAAUGUAUCACCAGCCAAACAUUGCGCUUUGGCGAUGUACUGAGGUGUUGAUAAUAUAUAAUAAUAAUAAUUUAUUAUUUAUACCCUGCCCAUCUGGCUGGGUUUCCCAGCAAUACAUCAGUGUUUUAAGGGCAGCUAAUCCUCACCAGUUGCGGGACACGAGUGGCACUGUGGGUUAAACCACAGAGCCUAGGACUUGCCAAUCAGAAGGUUGGCGGUUCGAAUCCCCGCGACGGGGUGAGCUCCCAUUGCUCGGUCCCUGCUCCUGCCAACCUAGCAGUUCGAAAGCACAUCAAAGUGCAAGUAGAUAAAUAGGUACCGCUCCGGCGGGAAGGUAAACGGCGUUUCCGUGCGCUGCUCUGGUUCUCCAGAAGCGGCUUAGUCAUGCUGGCCACAUGACCUGGAAGCUGUACGCCAUCUCCCUCGGCCAAUAAAGCGAGAUGAGCGCCGCGACCCCAGAGUCGGCCACGACUGGACCUAAUGGUCAGGGGUCCCUUUACCUUUAAUUCUCACCGGUUGGUAAAAUUAAAAUAUCCAACAACUUUACAUCAUAAAGGAAUCCUGGCCAGCCUGACAUCUAGUCAAGGAUGAUGCGAGUUGGUAGCCCAGAGCAUCUGGAAGCCCCCAGGUUAGGGGAGGGCUGGGGUGGUCCUGGGGCAGUUGACACACAUGCAGCCUGUACGAAGUGGAGCCAAUUUUAAAAAUGUAUGUAUUGAUUUACAUCCCAUCUUUCCUCCAAGGAGCUCAAGGUGGCCUGCAUAGUUCUCGCCAUCUCAAUUUUAUCCUCACAUCAACCCUGUGAGGUCCUGAGAGUGAGUGACUGGUCCAGGUCACCCAGUGAGCUUCCUGGCUGAGUAAGGGUUUGAACCCUGGUUUCCCAGGUCCUAGGACCCAGCCCUCUUAACCAUUGCAGCACACUGGCUCUCUGGAGAGUGUCGUGAUGCCCCACUGGGCAGCCUGGCGAGGUCUGAGCUUUCCUUCCCCUGCCCCCUUUCUGUGCUUGCUGGCUGCUUGCUGUGGGCUCACGUGGGUUGUGUGCUUCUGCCUGCAGCUAUUACCGAGGUGCCGUGGGGGCCUUGCUGGUUUAUGACAUCGCCAAGCACCUCACCUAUGAAAAUGUGGAGCGGUGGCUGAAGGAGCUGCGAGACCAUGCCGACAGCAACAUCGUCAUCAUGCUGGUGGGCAACAAGAGCGACUUGCGCCACCUGAGGGCUGUUCCGACGGAUGAGGCCCGAGCCUUUGCAGGUGAGUGGGGGGGGGGGCAGCGUGUUGCCACUGGAAUGCUUCUUUGUUUUGUUUUGUUCAGUUUCUGUUUUUCUUGCAAAACCUCUUAGAGCAGCUGUCAAAAAUUUAAAGCUAACAAUAAAUGGAAAGCAAUACUAAAACAACAGCAGCAGAGCCAGUUUGAAACUUUGUAAAACUUCCCAAGUUUUUUGAAAUGUGGAAACAGAGCUUGUCACCUGGAGCCCAAGAGGCUCCAGCCUCUGCACCAGACAAGCCUCCUUGGGGAGGGCAUUCCGGAGUCGGGUGCCACAACUGAAAAGGCCCUGUCCUGCAUCAUGGUCACUUCUCCGCUGGAAAAACUCAAACAGGUGACUCGGAGGCAUUUCUCUGUAACUGUGUGGUGGGAAGCGGUUAUUGAGGCUCCAGAGAUUUUGUCGCUUCUUCCCCCUGCCACUUGCUAAUUGUUGGGUCAUCAGCUCCUAGGCAUCAGUGUGGGAAGAGGAAGAUGAUGCAGUCUUCUUGGUAUGUUAGAAGUCUGGAUGGUUUUUGCUUUCAUUUAUUCCCUGCCUUCCCGCCCCCAAUCAUUGAAUCCAGGGUUAUCUGGCCAGGCCGAGACCUGCAAGGAGGUGUCCUUAUGCACCUUUCAACCAUACCCUACAACUUCUUUCCAUGUGUAUCUUUUACAGGAUAAUCUCCAUCUUGGCAGGAUAAUGUUUGUCUAAAAUUUAUUUAUUGCAUUGUUAUCCCACCUUUUCUCCAAGAAGCUCAAGAUGGCAUACAUAGUUUCCCUCCUCCUCUUUAAUUAAUGCCCACAACAGUCCUGUGAGGUAGGUGAGACUGAGAGCGAGAGACUGGUCCAAGGUCACCCAGUCAGAUUUCAGCUCUGGUCUCCCAGGUCAUGUCAGUACUUGCUGCUCCUAAGUAAAACUAUCUAAAGUACCUUUCCUCCUCAGCCUGUCCUGUGCAAAGCUUAGUCAUGAAGAUUAGCUUUUCAUACGAGAGGCCCAAGGUCCAGUCCAUAGACAAAGAGUAGCAGAACUGGCAGGGAGCUUAGAGCUUAAUAAUAAUAAUAAUAAUAAUAAUAAUAAUAAUUUGUUUAUAUCCCACCCACCUUGCUGGGUUUCUCCAGCCACUCUGGGUGGCUUACAACAUAAAAAACACAACAAAACUUCAAAUAUUAAAAAACAAGAUAUCCCAUACAAGCCACAAACAAACCAAUAAAUCAAUAAAAACCAAUGACAACAAUGUUGUUGUUGUUUAGUCGUUUAGUCGUGUCCGACUCUUCGUGACCCCAUGGACCAGAGCACGCCAGGCACUCCUGUCUUCAUGACAACAACAAUAAUAACAACAACAAUAAUAAACAGUUUACAGUUAUACCCAAAUCAAAGUAACCACCAACCCCAACUAAACAUUUAACCAACACCAACCUGACAAAAAUGAAACAGAGGAACCAAAAUUGGAACCGUUUAAAACAUUUUAGCCUGUUGCCCCAGCCCAAGUGUUGUUCCAGCAAUGUCCCAGUGGCCUCCCAGGAGCUUUUUAGCUGUUCAGGGUGAGUCUGGGCCCUGCCUCCUAGGCCAAGGCCUUGCAGCAGGGAGCAGGUCUUCCUUCCAGCACUCACGGCAGCAGCAAUCAGGUACCCAUUGCCCUUGGGUAUUGGGCAGCUUCCUAUCUUCUUCCAUGUUCCUGCUUCUAGACAUCCUCUAGUUAGAAGUAGGAGGCAAUAGCUUUGGAGUUUCGCAUGACCGCUUUGCACCCCAUCCCAUUCACUGUCUCCUGGGUAUUGAAUUUGGGCUGCCCGGCAACGGCGACUGGUACCAGCCGAGUUUGUGAGUUCCUGACAUCCGUUUUCCUUUGAUAGAUGCCAUCUGUGGAUUUUUAUGUUUGUGUGUAACUUGUAGGAAUGUGAGGCAGGGGCAGCGAGCAGUCUAAGCAGCAUCUUGGCCUCUUCUUUAAUUAAAUGAGAGUGCCCCCUCUUCUCUCCCUUCACCCUCACUCCCCCAAGGCUAGGAGCAAUUAACAAUGUGGAGGCAUCUGCUGUGACCUCAAGACAUUGACUUGUUCAUAAAUCUGGUUGGUUUUCAGGAUAAGUUCAUUCCACUCUGGAAUGUGGCUUUGAGUCCUCUGCACUAAUCAUGAUUAAAAAUGCUUGAUUUAUGCCACAUGCAGUUCAGAGAGGAAUUUUUCAGGAGGAGGGGAAAGUUGGCAGCUGGUUUUCAUGGCCUCAGUCCCAGAGAAACGGCUCCCCUCCUCUUCCCUGGGAGUCAUUAAUAUCUUGCAGCUAAGGUGCAAUAUUCUGAUGGUUGCAAGACUUCCUCCUCUUUGGUCAUGUGACACUUUGCUAAUCACUUAAGGAAGCGAGAGAGGAUCUACAGAGAAACCUUGAACCUGACCCAGCUUUAUUCUUUCUUCUCUCUGAGGAGUGUUUGAAAGCCCUCUCAUCCGUGUGAUGGAAGAAGCUUUUUAAAAUGCGCACAAAAUUCAUGGGGUUCAAUACUAUUUUAUACAGCACCCUCAUCUAAGUUCUUCGUAAACCCACUUAACAGAGGCUGACCCUGACCUCUAGCAUAUGACCAAAAAAAUCUGCGCGGUGUGAGAGGGAAACAGCCAAACAUUUCAUGCUGCUGUUCCCAAGGAGUGAAGAUUAUUGUGACAGGAUGGGAAAAGACUUAACAGUCGAAACAGGUUCACAACCUGUCUUCCAUUGUGCAGUACUUCGUAUCCUAUUUGUGUAUUUCGUUUUGUAUGUUUCUUGAGUACAAUAGAGUUGUCAUGGUCUGGUUGGGGACAGAGGAAUGAUGGGAGGAACCAGCUCGGGAACCACCAAAGGAAGAAGGUUCAGAGCCUGGGGAGUGGUGCUGGGAGAGGCAGAAGACGCAAAAGAGGAGGUGUCAGAAGCUGAAGGGGUAACAGGGCUUAGUGAGUUGAGGAGCAAGUUGAAGCAGGCGAGUGGGAGGAGGGAGGUCAAGAGACAGCGAUGAGUCAGGCUGGCGAAGAAGCCAGGGGGUCUCCCCCUCCUGCUGCAACAGGCUCCCCACCCCCCUGACUCCAGAACUAGGAGAGGUAUGAAACAGGAGGAGCAAAAACAAGCUGCAGUCUGAUUGCUUGCAAAAAGCUCUGAAGAGGCGGAGACAUAAGCUGCUGUGAGAAGGCAAGGAUUUUUAGUCUCAGCAACUGAUGUUAUGACCCACAGAGCUUGAGCUGCUAUGCUCAUUACGACUGACACUCAUCCAAGUCUGGGAAGAUCAUGUUUCGCUAAUAAAGAGUUAACUCUAGCUUUGAACUGUGUGAUUUACUGACCAGCUUGCACUGUGACAAAAGUAUAUUUUCGUAAUUUUGAGGUUUUUGAGUUUGUGCAAAGUUUUGAAAAUGGCAGCUGGCAGGGCAGAAAAUAUGGGGGAAAGCAAGGCUUGGGGAGCAUUUUGGAGGAAGAGGGAGACAUAGCAUUAGGGAGGCCACACGCAGCACAGCCAAAGGUACAAAAAUGGGUGUGAAGUUGGGCUCCUGGUCUCUGUGGCUGCGAUGGGAAGCUGGGAAGCUCUUGAGCUUGAAGCAAGGCAGCCUUUUAUUCAGGCCUCUUCACUGGACUGGCAGAUCUAAUCAACUUCCUGCUCUUUCUCACAGAAAAGAACGGCCUUUCCUUUAUUGAGACUUCGGCUUUGGACUCGACGAAUGUGGAAGCUGCUUUCCAGACCAUUCUGACAGGUGACUUGGCACUGAUGUGGGAGAGCUGUGUGGGCCACGAGAACGAAAUACGGAGCCUCUAAGCCGAGAAUUGGGAAACCUCAGUCUUCAAUGCUGGAGGCAAACACAGAGGCAGUACCUUAUGGCUGUUUUUUACUCUAGGGAACAGAGGAGGGUUUUGGGAUCUUCUUCCAUGCCUUCAUUGAUCCUCCCUGUUGGGGCACAUAAUGUGUGUAGAUUAGAGAGGCUCUUCCAGGAAAGUCCUACCCCAGGACUGGCUAUGCACCUACUUGGUGGGAAAGAUUGCUGUGGCAACAUUUUUGAUAAUAUUGCGUUUUGAAGCAAAUUCGUCACUUCUUCCCUAGAUCUUACUUUGUUCUGAGCACUCUCCUUCCCUAGCCUGUCACCAGAAUUUGCUUUCUCUCCCUUGAUAGGCUUGUCUGGAAGUGUGCAGGCUGGUCUUGCCCAGUCUGCUGCCCUUCAGUUGUUUAGGGUUCCAGCUCCCAUCACCCCUGUGGCCCAAUGUUCAAGUAGAAUGGGACUUGUCAUCUCAACAACACCCGGAGGGCACCAGCUUGGGGAAGGCUGGGGUGGGCAACACCUGCCAAAAUAGUGGAAGCCAUAAACUGAUUUCCAGCAGUUAAGGAGUGGUAUUUCUUUGGAACAGAGGAAGCUGCCUUAUACGGAGUCUGACCCUUGGUCCAACUAGCUCAUUGUUGUUGUCUGCACUGACUGGCAGAGGCUCUCUCGGGUUUCAGGCAGGAAGUGUUCCCAGCCCUAUCUUGAGGUGCCAGGGAUUGAACCUGGGACCUUCUGCAUGCAAAGCAGGUGCUCUGCUACUGUUAAUAGCGCCUUGCCUGUCCCAUUUCUAGAAAAGCAGGAUAAAUUAUGCAGUGUAAGCAAGCACCUGAAAAGAAACAUAAUUGAAACUAGUUGCAGAAUCCAGUUCUUUUACAGCAUCUGGGGUUUCCUCGGCACAGAAUUUUCUUUAAGCACACAGCGUACAUAGCAGCCCUGCUGAUAGAUAGCUAUUGAUGUCUUCUUGGGCCCCUGGCAGUCAACUCUUAACUGGCCACCUUUCAUGUCCUGUCGCUGAGAGGCGGAGGAACAAGGGAGGCCGCUCAUCUCUGUUAGCAGCAACAUUUUCCUGGCCCCCUCAGUGCUGAGAUCACUGCAGAGCCACUUGUUCUCUGUGUGGAACAGCACAUCCUCUGCUUCCUGCCAUCACACUAGAUUUGCUCAGUUCCUCUGUGUGGAAAUGAGCAGACAUAGGAAAUUGCCUGAUAUUAGACCCUUGGCCUUUCGAGGCAAGUGGUGUCUACAUUCAUUGCAGUGAAAGUUAACACCAACAGUUAUCCCAAGAUCUCUUUUCAAUUAGAUCAGCCAGGGAUUGAAGCUGGAACCGUCCUUCUGCAUAUAAACUUCUGCCACUGAGCUAUGAUUCUUCUUCAUUUUGCCUAAGGUGCUGAAUAGCAGUACCAAGUGGGUCUUUCCUGCACAAACUAUUCAGCUACCAGCAAAGUAUCCUCAGUGGAAUGUUAGAAAGCAACCCUUCAGCGGAUCAAAUCCAAUUAUGUGUCCACUUUAAUUGAAAGAAGCUGUGGACAAGUACAGCUUAUUAGAAAUGAGCAUUUAUGAUGGUGUUUACAAGUUUAUGGUGGGAAGAGACUCCAUUGACCAAAUUAUUUAAAUGUGUUUCUAAAACUAGCUAUCCAGCCAUGUCCUCACACCUGGGUAUAUCCAGAAAACUAGAAAACCUAAUAAUGAGGCAGGGAAGUGUUUCUCUGUCCCCUUAUCCUACCCAUCGCAGCUUGUGCCAGAUUGUACAGAACUGCAGUGUACAAUUUGUUACCCAUGUCCUCAAUGCAGGCAUGUUUUGGCAGAUAGGCCAGGGAAUAAAUGACUCUGUUUAAUGCAUUUUAUCCCUAGAGGCUCCCAGAGCAGUUUACAGAUCAACAACAAUAAUAAAAGCAGUCUUCGGCCUCAGGCUUACGAUCUUAAAAGACACAACACAAAACUAAAGAGAUGGGGAGGGAAGAGGAAAACGAGCAGACUUGGGCACCUGUCCUUUAGGUUACACAGUUCUCAUAAUGACCAGCUGGGAUGGAAGCAGUUGAAGGAGAGGAGGAAUUGAAGGCAGCUGGUUCCUCUGUGAGUCCAGUGGAGUGGCCCUGAUUUCUCAUCUAUUUCUCUGUUCUGCAGCCUCAUAGAACAGCUGCUGAUAGGUGGCAAGUGGGUACCAGUGGCCGCUCGUCUCUCAGCAGAGCCAAUGGAGCUGUCCUGCUUCUCUCCUCUCUUCUGUCAGUUGGUGGCAUGGCAACUGCCAAGUGACCAUUCAGGGAAAGGAGAAUCUCUGUUGAGCUGGGGGGUCUCAGCACAGCCAACAGAGUGGUCCUGUUUCUUCUCACUCCCUGUGGGGCAGCUGAAUAGGAGUGCCGUCCCAGGUGAAAGUUGCCCAAUGGAGGCAGUCUUAUCUGUAGCGGAUGUGCAAGGUGCGAAACCUGCGGCCCCUCAUCUGUUGCUGGACUCCAGUGCCCAUCAUCCCUGACCAUUGGCCAAGUUGACUGCAGGGGCUGAUGGAAGUCUGGUCAUAUCUGGAGGGCUGCAAGCUUCCCGUCACUGUUAUAGUACUUGGUUUUACCAACCCUUUUUGUUUUUUGCUUUUAAAGCACACCUUAAAAUACAUUCCAAAUUCUACAAAAGAGAGAACUCAUUACUGCACGAGUUGAAUUGGUGACAACUUGCAUACGUUAUGCCCAAACUCUGCAAGUGGGAAUGUUGGGUUGUUUGCCCACAAAAAUGGUCAGAGUUGGGAGGGGAGGUGGCAGCAUGUUGCAAUCCUGGACUGCGCAGCUGGCCAUGGGAGGGAUGGAGGGGCUUCAGCCAUAGGGCAGGUGCGGCCUCUGUUAGUGACACCUUUCCUCCUCUUUCAGAAAUCUAUCGCAUCGUGUCUCAGAAGCAAAUGUCUGACAGACGCGAGAACGACAUGUCACCAAGCAACAAUGUGGUCCCUAUCCACGUCCCCCCGACCACGGAAAAUAAACCAAAGAUGCAGUGUUGUCAAAAUAUAUAGCAGGUUCCAUUCCUCGAAAGCUGUGUAUAUUUCCCCAGGUCUAAGAUGGAAAUAGAUUCUGAGUUCACAUUGUCCUCUUUUUAGUUCUCUCUCCCUCUCCCUCUCCAUGAAACCUUAUUUUUAUUCUCUUUGGAUUUCUCCAUGUCUUAACUCUUCCCCUUUAUUUCAGUAUUACAAAUCAUCAGUUUGUUUGCAUGUGGCUGCAGCAUUAUCAGAAUGCUAGUCCCGGCAGGGCAGUUUUUUAAAAAUCAUGACUGAUCUCUUUUCCAAACAGGUUGGCUCAUUCAGCAAAGAACUAGAUUGCUGCAGCUUAAGUCUUUGCAAUUCUGAUACUCCUGAGAGUCUGACCGAGCUUUUUAAACCUCCUUUCAGCCUCAAUAUUGCAUCUCAUGGAAUGAGCAUCUUGUGUGGCUUAUCCUGUGGCUCCCAGCAGUAUCCCACAGUUAACAGUACGCAGGAACUACACUAAUUUAUUGCUAAGAGGAGGGAUCCUGGCCCAGGAGGCUGAGUUUUCUCAGUUCCUUAUAGUUAUAUCAGUGGGUGCACCCAUUCUGAGUAACCUGGUGCCCUCCAGAUGUUUUGGGGCUACAUCUCCCAUGAGCCAAAACUAAUGCUGGUGGGGGUUGUAGUUCAAAACAUCUGGAUCACUGGGUUAGGGGAGGCUGAUAUAAUGAAUUAGAGUUGUACAUAUGUAACGUUCCCAGAAGAAACUGCUCACUCCUCCUACCUACUGUGUCCCCAAAUAGCCAAUAGUGCCACUUCAUGAAGAUGGCUAGUUGGAGCGAGGUAAAUGUUUAUCCAGUCACAGCAUUCAAAUAAUCAUCUUUGUGCAAGCAAGUGGGGGAUUAGUCGCUUUGCAUGUUGGGGAGGGCGGGUGUAGUUUUAUACUGAGCCAAUGCAAUACCAUUUGUCUUAAGGCCCAAAGAGUUGGUGAUGGGUGCCUUCUGUAGACGAAGCAGUAAGUCGUAGCUCAGUAGCCCAUCUGCUUUUCUUGCAAGUGCCUAUGGCUUGCAGUACUUCGUUUCACGCACCCCUGGGCCUCUGGUCCAUUUUGCACCUUGGUCUGUGCAGCAAUGCUUGCUGUCAUUCUCAAAAAGGCAUGGAGAAUAUUUGCAGGAUGGGGACAUCAUUGCACCUCCUUCUCUUUAAGUCCCGAAUCCUUGUGAAAGCGGGGUUUGAUUCCAGCAACCACUCAAGGCACAGGAUGGGAUUAAAUCUAGUCUGCAGUUUUGGCAGGAGGCCUUUGUUGCACCUCCCUGUUACUGGCCAGGGAGUGUGCUUGGCCUCCUCCUUGCCCCUCCUCAUUUAUUUAGAGAAGCUCAGGCCAUGUGCAUGAGCCCUGCUGAAGAGAUCCAGAAAUACAUGCCAGAAGAUUUGUUCUUGGAUUCUUGCAGUUUUUAAGCCAACUGUGGAUGUCCCUACUUCUAAAGCACUGUUCUACUUCUAAAGCACUGUUCAAACAAGCAGUGUUUUUUAUAUCUACACAUACAAGCACGCAUGGAAUACUGUGGUAUUUGGAAAGCCCAUUUGCAACCAGAAGAGGAAAUGGCUCCAGGAAAUAGUUAGGGGGGAGUGGACAGGAAGGAAAGAGGCUUAUCACAAAGAUGCCAUAGACCCAUACGGUGUCCUUUCCUUCCUGCUGCUCCCACCCCCCACGAGGGCACGUACAGAGUGCUGAAUCUCUCAGCCAGCCUGUCGGUCUUGCGGUGCUCAUGACGUGUGAGGAGCACAGAAGGCAUUGCUGUAGUCCCUUCAUGUUUGUGUCUUUCUCUCCUGUAGUUGUUGAUCUUUUGUUCCACAACCCCCCCCCCCCGAUCUUUUUGUAAAUUUGCUUUGUACUGUAUGCACAUUCUGUACCUCAAAUAUUUUUUUAUGAUUGAUUUGAAAUUAUUCAUUAUUGGAAUUCUAAUAAAAGAAUCACAGGGGGACUGUUCAGCUGUUGUUGAGUGGACUUCUUUGGAAUUAUGCUGCUGUGGGCAUUCUGGUAUUUAAAACAUGGCACUUAAGUAUAUGAAGAUGAUUAACCUGAACGUUAUAUGCAGUGCAGAUAUUACUCGGAAUAAAUUAUGCAAAUCAAUUUGAGAUGCAAA